AUGUCUAACUUUCUCAACCAAGAUUUCGGUUCGGAGGAUGAGGAUGAUGAUUUCAAUCCCGUCGCGGCGGAAGAGUCUGAUGCCGAAGAUGCUCAGCCAUCAAACGGACGGGCAAGCACUUCGAGGGCUGAUGUGAAGGAUGCGGAGGAUGCAGCGGAAGAUCAUAACGCUAAAGACCUUGCCGACGAUGACGAGGCCGAAGACUUUGGCGAGGAAGACGAUGAUGAAGAUGAAGAGGAACAGGCCGUGGGUCGCCCAACCAAGCGUCGAAAGGGUGGUGUUGUCUCGUUCUUCGAUGAAGAAGCAGGCGUCGACGAUGAAGAAGACGAGGCUGAAGAUGAAGAGGACGAGCUCGCCGACUUUGGCGCCGAGAUGCAUCCCGAUGACCUUGAUACUUUACCUGUCGGAGCCGAAACGGAUGACCGCCGCCACCGACAAUUGGAUCGCCAACGCGAGCUUGAUGCUACCAUGGACGCAGAGAAGCAGGCGCAGAUGCUCAAAGAGCGAUAUGGACGGAACCGCGCUGCUGCUACAGAUGCUCUUGUAGUUCCUAAACGACUUCUUCUUCCAAGUGUGGAGGAUCCAAGUAUUUGGGGCUGCCGGUGCAAACAGGGCAAGGAACGGGAUGUUAUUUUCUCUAUUCAGAAGCGCAUGGAGGAGCGCCCACCAGGCUCUCGCAACCCGAUCCGAAUCAUCUCGGCUUUCGAGCACGGAAAUGUCUCGCAAGGCUGGUUCUAUUGCGAGGCGCGCAGACAAGCCGAUGUCAUUGAAGGCCUUCAGGGGAUUAACUUUUACUACCCUACCCAGAAGAUGACUUUAGUCCCUGUCAAGGACAUGCCUGAUCUUCUGCGUGUUCAGAAAUCAGAGGAGCUUCUGCCCGGUGGCUGGGUCCGCAUCAAGCGCGCUGGUCACUACCAAGGCGAUCUGGCUCAGCUCGAGGAGGUCGAGACCAACGGGUUGAAUGUGACUGUUCGACUGGUGCCCCGUCUCGACUACGGCAUGAACGAUGACAAUGCUGCUGUGGCUGGCCCCGAUGCCGCCAAGCGUAAGCGAGGCUUCGGUAGCACUGUUCGUCCUCCUCAGCGACUCUUUAGUGAAGCUGAAGCAAAGAAGAAGCACGGUAAAUUACUUACCGCUACCUCUGGACUGGGUGGCAAGUCUUGGAACUAUGCUGGAGAGAGUUAUGUGGAUGGCUUCCUCAUCAAGGAUAUGAAGAUACAGUGGUUGAUUACCAAGAAUGUCAAUCCCCGACUAGAGGAAGUGACUAUGUUUGCUCGAGGAGGAGAAGAUGGCACCGCAAAUCUCGAUCUUGCCGCCCUUGCGGACACUCUGAAGAACUCGACAGCAGAGGAUGCCUACCAGCCCGGGGAUCCUGUCGAGGUUUACCGCGGUGAGCAACAAGGGUUGAUUGGCCGGACAGUUUCUACUCGCGGCGAAAUUGUCUCACUUCAAGUCACCGAAGGCGACCUGGAAGGCCAGACAAUUGAUGCUCCUAUGCGCACUCUACGCAAGCGUUUCCGUGAGGGUGACCAUGUCAAGGUGAUUGGUGGCAGCCGCUAUCAAAACGAACUCGGCAUGGUCGUCCAGGUCAAGGAUGAUACCGUCACUCUGCUGAGCGAUAUGAGCAUGCAGGAGAUUACAGUGUUUAGCAAAGACUUGCGACUUUCUGCCGAGAUGGCUGCCGACGGCCAACUUGGUAUCUACGAUGUUCAUGACCUUGUCCAGCUUGAUGCCUCUACUGUUGGUUGCGUCGUCAAAGUUGAUCGUGAGUCUCUUCGUGUCCUCGAUCAGAAUGGGUCCGUUCGGAAUGUUCUUCCCACCCAGAUUGCCAAUAAGAUCACCCCUCGUCGGGAUGCUGUUGCAACAGACCGCAAUGGUGCAGAGAUUCGUCAUGGUGAUACCGUCCGGGAAUUAUAUGGCGAGCAACGAAACGGUGUCAUUCGCCAUAUCUUCCGCGCUUUCCUUUUCUUGCAUAACAAGGCCCAGGCUGAGAAUGCUGGUAUCUCCGUGGUACGACCGAACAGCGUUGUUACAGUAUCUGCCCGAGGCGGCCGGCCUACAGGGCCUGAUCUGACGAAGCUGAACCCCGCCUUGGCGAUGCAGCAGGGUCGCAACCAGAUGCCACCGCCCAAGCGGGGUGGCCCCGAUAGGUUAAUAGGCAAGACAGUGACGGUGAGGAAGGGCCGUUAUAAGGGUCUGGUUGGUGUUGUCCGAGACGCGGACGAUACCUCGGCUCAAGUUGAGCUUUACACAUCAAACAAGCCUGUUCUACUACCGCGGGACAUCCUGAACCCCAAGGACCCAAUUACCAAGCAGUCAAUCGAUAUUGGUGGCCGUGGAAGAGGAUCACGCGUGCCAUUUGCGUCAUCUGCUGCCCCGCCAGGGAGAGAUAACGGUUGGCAGGGAAGCCGGACACCGAUGGCCGCGGCUGAUUCAUCGAGAACUCCUGCCUGGGGUGGUGCUGCAUCUGCACGAACUCCUGCUUGGGGCGGCAUGAGUGGCUCCCGAACUCCUGCAUGGAAGAAUGAUGGAUCUCGCACCUCGAACCCCUAUGCCGAGGGUAACCGUACUGCCUAUGGCGGUUUGGGCAAUCGUACCCCGGCCUGGAACACUGGAUCUCGUACCCCUUAUGAUUCUGGUUCUGGGUACGAUGCCUUCGCGUCCGGAUCACGGACCCCCGCUUGGGGCAAUGCUGGCGCUGGUAACCGCACACCCGCUUGGGGUGGCCUCUCCAAUGGCCGAGACCAACGUGAUUUUGAAGAUGCCCCGACGCCUGGUGGAAACUACUCUGCACCUACCCCAGGCGCAUAUGGCGCUCCCACCCCUGGUGCGUCAGCGCCCACUCCUGGGGCGUGGGCGGACAAUGCUCCCACACCUGGGGGAGCUUUCAAUGCCCCUACCCCCGGCGGCAUGCCCAAGCGUGGGGGUUAUGAUGCCCCGACCCCUGCUGCCUUUGACGCUCCUACACCUGCGAUGGGUGGCAUCGCUGCUACUCCUGGUGCAGGCUACGGUGAUGAUGAUGGUGGACCCCGGUAUGACGAGGGCACGCCUAGCCCGUAA